AUGCCAGAAGAGGCAUUGCUUGCUGGUCCGACAUUACUUGCUGGUCCUGUCCAUUGUCGCUGUAUGUAUCCAAUAGAAAGGCUUAUCGGAGGGCUGAAAAAAAGUGUAUGCAACAGGGCGAAGCCUGAAGGAUCAAUUAUAGAGGCUUGGGUUCAAUAUGAGUCGCUUACUUUCUGUGGAACGUAUUUAAAAGAUGUGGAUAUGGCUUUCCAUCGUCCUCAACGCAAUAAUGACGGAGGUGUGAGAAAUGAGAAACUUUUUAUUUUUGCCCAAAGCUCACGACCCUUUGGAGAUCCUGUACGAGGAGAGUCAUUUUCCAGAAAUGACAUGGAGGUAGCGCAUUGGAUCGUGAAUAAGUUGAAAUCAUCGAAUUUCCCCACUUACAGUAAACAGUUAUAUAACUUGGCGUUUGACCCAAUUCGCGCUGAAUUGCUCUCGGGUUGCCAUGUUAACGGAAUCAAGUUUUUGGGGACUGCACGAGAUGAUAAGUUGUGUACACAAAACAGUGGUGUCCAUGUCCCAGGUGGAGGCGAAAGUACGAACAUUGAUUUCUAUGGCAAACUCACAACUGUCGUGCAAUUGCUUUAUAAAGACCGAUACCAAGUGAUCAUGUUUAAGUGUUGA